GAAGGGUAACAGGGUUGCCAAGUUGCCUUUAGAUCUCAGUUGAGCCGAAUUUUAGCGAGGAUUCUUUAAAGUGCGCUGACAAUAUACACAACUGGUGGACUAUUCUAGUAAUUGCUUCUGCAAUUGAAGCAUGAAAUUGAGCUAUGAAGAAAUUACAUUUCCACGUCGAAUUCCUAUAGUUUAAGUUGACAGCAAUUUACAACUUGGAUAUGUAUUGAUGUGAAGCCGGAUAUUACAGCUUGCUUGUGCUAAAAUUUUGUCGAGACGCCAAUAAGUUCCGCGUCCGUCUGUGAAAUGCCUGCCAAACAGCAUCGGCCACGACGUCAGCAACAAACUAAACAACCCUGUGCAGAGAAGCAGAAACAUAUGUACACAAACCUUUAAUUCAGCAGCGACUUCGAUUUUCUGUCUGUUUCCUGGACUUGGCUGAACGCUGCAGACACAAGGGCUCUUGUACCUCUCGCGGCAAACAACAGUGUCGGCGGCCAGCUUCAAAAUUAAAUUACCUUUCGGCCGUUAUUUCAUAAAACAACGGACAGGUAGCUUUUGUUUCCGAUGACUGCAUGAGAUUCAGCUGCAUAAAACCGUCUCCUUUUGUAAUCAAACUAAAAGAGAAGUCUCCUGAAAAACCAGCAGACGAGAUAAUGUGGGAUAUGGAUCAUUUAUCGGAUGCAGGCAGUGACUAUAGUCUUGAUGAAGAGAGCAUCGAGAAGGAUGACACUGUCAGAUUUGAAGAUCAGAUUAAGCUGCAUCACCUCAAGGCGUUGAUGGAGAAGUUUGCUCACCACAAGCCGACAGACGACAUGCCGCCCGACGGCUUUGUGACCCCGGGCAGGAUAAUCAAGAGAGAGUCGGGCAACGUGACGGUGAAGGAGUUUAAGGAGAUGAUACACAGCCUGUUCAAGACCACUGCCUGGGAUGUUCAGAUGGAGAACUUGUUUGCCAAGGUUGACACAUCGGCUGAUGGAAUGGUGGAUUGGAACGAGUUCUGCACGUACAUGUUGCUCCAUUAUCGUGAGAACGAUAACGUCAGGAAGGAGCUACCAUUCAAAUACGAGGCUCAUUACAGACACGUCUCCCAAAAUAAGGUAGUACAUUUUCACUGUAAGUAUGUCACUCUAAGCAAGGAGGGCAUUCUUUGCGUGCUGGAUCCCCAUUUCCUCCACAUUGAACGGAGCUACGAGCUCAAGACUGAGAACGAGGACCCACGGGCCUUAAAGAGACGAUGUAAGACGUGGUACACUGACAUCACCGUGAUGAACAAUGCCAACAAGAUAGUGAUUAGCUCCACGGGAAGGGACCUGAGGUUCUGGGACAUCUCCUGUCCAACAAGCUUCUUUGAAGAAUUUCAUCUGUAUGCCUUGCCGGAUGUUCCUUUGUGUUUGGACUAUUGGUAUGACCCGAAGUUUCCUUCCAAUGAGUCUCUCCUCAUCGUGGGGGACGACCAAGGAUCCAUCCAUCUCUAUCACUUCAUCAAACCACUAGACAGGCUCUUUGAGACUCCCUUCACCGACAAGGAGGGAGUCAAGAAGAUAUGGACUCAGGACUUGUUGAAUCACCAGCGUUACGUGCGGCAUUCUAAGUUGUCAGGGAUCCACACGGAGAUGAUACGUAAGGUGCGCUACCUCCCUGAGAAUGACUACAUCAUCUCCUCAAGUGGCAGCAGAACCACAUCGCUAGUCCUGAUGGAUACACAGAGCAAGAAAAAGACCUAUACCUUCAAGAUGAGCAAGGGUGUGGAAUGUUUUGACUUCAACAAGACUCUGAAUGUCAUAGCGACAGGUGGUAUUGACCACAGUGCCCACCUGUGGAAUCCUUUCGUUCAGGACAAGCCAACAGCUUACCUGAUUGGUCACAUGAUGGCUGUAGUGGGCGUGGCUAUAAACGAGGCGACGGCUCAGGUCUACACUUAUGCCAAAGAUGGGGUUGUUAAAGUAUGGGACUUAAGGGAGUACUCGUGUCUCCAGACUUACCCGAUGAGGUUCCCCUGCCUCCAGCAUCUCCGCUCACCAGAGUAUGGUUCCUCCUGUCUCAUCUUGCAUCGCCGGUCGCUGGUAGCCUGUUGCGGAGAUUACAUAGGCACGGUCAAAUUGGGCAAAACAGAACUAGCCAAUCACAGCAUGCCAUUGACGCACAAGGCUCAGCUAUGCUGCGCUCUCUACAACUCGUUCUUCAAGCAAGUGGCGACAGCUGCAGACGACUCGACCAUCACCGUGUGGGAUCUCACUUCAGGAGCUAAAUCUUUUUCAAUUCUGGAAGCGCAUAAUAAGGAAGACAUCACCAGCAUGGUAUUCAACACCACAGGCCGAAAAAUGAUCACUGGAGCAAGGAAUGGAACCAUUAAGGUGUGGAAUUUUCAAAAUGGUCACAAUAUCAUCCAGUUUGAGCCCGUUGCCGAGGCAGAAAUCACCGGGUUGGUCUCGCUAGGAAAGAGAAAGGGAGUGCUAGCCGUGGGCUGGAGCCGACAGAUUGUCUUCUACAACGACCAAGAUGCGGAGACGUUACUGGUAAAGGCGAACACCAGCUGGAAGGGCGGACAAGUGCACAAGGACGACAUUUUGACCGUAGCUUACUGCCCUCCUAACCUGUUAGCCACGGCGUGCUUUGACGGAGAAAUCAUUGUUUGGAGCGUGGAAACAGAAACCAUUUUUAUCCGAUUGAGAAAAGGACAAUCGUGGCAGGUAAGCAAGAGGCUGAGGGAGGCUCUUGCCUCGUUGGAGAGAACGAAGGAAAAACCAUUGUCAGGAAGGGUAGGGGAGUUCUCUGCCCGUCAGUCUGUCUCGGGGAGUUCCAGUCAGUCCUCCCACAACUCACGACCAAACACCAGACAUCAGACCAGCCACAGACAUCCAGCAGGAUUCAAACAGGCUCCAGUGGAUAAGAUCCUCUUCUUAAAGAGUCGUAUCAUCAACAAGGGCCUGACGGAGGGCGCUGUACUCAUAUCUAGUGAGGCUGGGUUUCUCCACUUCUGGUCAAUAUAUGGCUUCUCCAACAAUCACAAAGGUUGCUUUUAUGCCAGUAAUUCUGUAACCAAGGAAGAGUCAGUGCUUGCCAUGACAACCAACCAUGACGACUCCUUGCUGAUAACUGGAGACACCAUAGGUCACGUGUAUGUAUGGGAUGUAAGCCAGUACUGUCUAGAGCAGACAGGAAAGGAGGAAACACAGCGACCUCCCAUGAUGAAAACUUGGCACGCCCAUGACUCGGCAGUGGUCAGUGUAGAGUACAUCAAGGAGGCAUAUGGCUCAUUUGUGCUGACCGCUUCCUCAGACUGCACGGCCAGGCUUUGGACAAUAGAGGGUCACUACGUCGGCACCUUUGGCCAGUCAAAAAAAUGGAACUUACGGAAUCCAUCCACUUAUGAACAUCCAAGGUCACCAUGGAGCAAUCUGGAGGACAAACAGCAAUUGCAAGAUGAGACUCUCUUACAGAGUGAGCAAGAUGACAACCCUGAUGACGAUGUAUUCCUUGACGGCUCAGACCAAGCAGUAACACUCACAAAUAACAAUAACAUAGUCGCAUCCGAUCUUCAACCAGCAAAAGAUUGCACAGACAAAAUUGAUGUAGCUGAGGAUGUAGUAUUGCCUGGCAUUGCUGCCUCACCUCAACCAGAUCUGGAAACUGUCACUGAAGAGGCAAGGACGAACGGUAAACCUCUGUCUGUAAGUCUGCCUUCUAUACACUCACCAACAUCUUCCAGGGAACCGGUUAACAAGGGUCGACCGAAAGCCUCAGUGUCUAUCAAGUCUCCACCUUUAAGCGACAGCAGUCUGCCAAUGUCCCAGUCGAGACGCCAGUCAGACUGCCCAGUGCUCAUGCCUGACAAACUCAGUCUCAAAAAACCCAUCAAUCCUGGGGUCAGUGACUAUGGAUUCACGGACGUCAAGACCAAGAGCCUUCACUCCGUCAAUACCUGGGAGGAUGACCUAAGCUGGGUGUCAAGUAGGUCAAUGACCUUGUCAAGCCUGGGAUCUUACAAGACCAGCAGAACACAGUCCAAGUCGGCUCCAAGCUUACUUGGUCGUCAGGUGGAUGAGGACUUUGCCAGGAUCACACACAGCAGACAGGAGCGCAGACAACGGUGUGGUGGGGUCGACGUGAAGGCCACGCAGAGAUUUGGCAAACUCUGCUCCCCGUUCCAAGCGCUCGCAACCCUGAAGACUGAUGAGGUUGUGUUCCCAACUAGUCUGCCGAUGACCCCUCGCAUGUUGAAUCGAGGCCUGACUUGCAGCAAUGAAGCCGAGCUCCGGCAUAUCACACUUAGCCCAACCCCAGGGGAGUACUGCCGCUCGGGGUUUGUCGAACAAGGAACGUCCACAUCACCCUUGCCAGCAAUCAGGCGGAUGUCAAGGGCAAGCUGGAACAGGUGAUAUCUACCCCACCCAAGGGGGCAUUAUCCUCACCCUGGGGGUGUGGCAAAGCCCAACCCAGGGGAUCAUCUCCACCCUGGGGACUUUUGAUGCAGGAAGAGGCAUUGUCAAUGACAAGAACCGUAUUCAGCCUUACUUGAAAUCAGGCAAUUUUUUUCUGUGAAGGACUAGCUCAGACAAAUGACGAUUCCACCCCUCAUCACGAUCAGCCCCACCCAGGGGAUUGCCCCCAACUCAGGGGAUUAGCAGAACUCUGGGCACAUUGUUGAAAACAAUUUUUUUCUGCUAAAAGUCAGCAGAAGUCGGCAGCCGCAUGCUGAAAUCAACUCCAAAAAAGUGCAACUUGGAAAAACGUCUGUUCUGCGAUGCACAAUCACUACAAAAUUUCGGCCAAGUCAGUGCAAUCUCUUCUUAAACAUGUACUCUAUGAUUAGUUUCCACACUAUACCUCAGAAACUUUCAACAACUCUACUGGUUACUAGUCCUGAAGAAGUCUGACUUAAUUUAGUGCCAAAAAAGAAAUGAAGACACUUACGGAAAAGAAAUGUUAUGUGGUAAAAUGGUCACGACGUAAGCUAGAGGUGUAACUUAGAAGCCAAUUACUGUUUUACAAUAACUGGAACUCAAGGUUUAAAUCCAUAAAAUGUGCCAAUUUAUCUUUUCCCAAUUGAUACAAUCUGGUUAACGAUGGCCUUACUCAAAAAGACAUCUUCUUCACAAACUUCCUAGACCUUUCUCAGGGUAAGAGUCUAAAAUUGAUCACUCUUAGAAAUGGCAAUAGUUGUUUUUUGCUGGUUAAACUAACCAAUGCAUUUAUUGUAUAGCUAAAAGUAUCUAUAAAUACAUGUAAAUUUCUUUCAAACUGCUCUAGAAUCACUGAACAAGUUAUUAAAGUUCAGUCUGUUGGAAUUCCUUUGCAGCAAA